ACAAUCUCAUUACUUUUAACGAGCGUGGAAAGUGGUCGAAAAUUUUCCUAAAGAAAGAAAAGAAGGUCCUUUCUUUUUUCUUCUGAUCUCUCUCAAUACACAAAGCAUUCAGUACUUUUCGGCAAAUGGGUGUCGAUCAAUGUCCACCGCGGUGGCUAUGGCUAUGGCGGUGUUUCCUCGUUUUCAUCGGAACAGUAACCGUUGCAACAACCGCUGCUUCCGACACUCACAAAAACCGUCAACAUCUUGUUUCUAGAAUUGCCUUUGGAUCAUGUUCCAACCAAAGUGCUCCUCAGCCCAUAUGGGAUGCAGUGGUAGACUUCAAUCCACAAGUCUUUAUAUUGUUAGGAGAUAACAUAUAUGGAGACAACAAACGCCCUUUUAAAAUAUUUGGACGGGAAAGGACUAUUGGGCCAUGGAAGAAUGUUCCACGAUUUCUUCCUGCGUCUGAGCAGGAAAUGGAGGCUAAAUACCAGAAGGCUAAGUCUAAUCCUGGCUAUGCUCGGCUCAAAGAGAGUGCUGAGGUUAUUGGUACAUGGGAUGAUCAUGACUAUGGAUUAAACGAUGCAGGGAAAGAAUUUGAUGGAAAAAAGACCAACCAAAAGUUACUUCUUGACUUCUUGGAUGAACCUCAUGAUAGCCCAAGGCGGAAACAAGCUGGUGUCUAUGCCUCGUAUACAUAUGGUCCCAUGGGCAAAGAUGUCAAGGUUGUACUCUUAGAUACCAGAUACCACAGAGAUCCUAUAGGAAGUGGUGGAACCAUUUUGGGGAAUUCACAAUGGUCAUGGUUAGAGAAAGAGUUAAAGGGUCCACCAACAGCCAUUACCGUAAUUGGUUCUUCUAUUCAGGUUAUAUCAAAUCUAUCAGCAAAUCUCCAACCAUUGUUUGCUAUGGAAUCAUGGGGUCGGUUUCCAAAGGAGAGAGAUCGCCUUUUCAAAUUAAUAGCAGACAGUAAGAGGGGUGGAGUACUUUUUAUAAGCGGAGAUGUUCACUUUGGCGAAAUUACAAGAUAUGACUGUGCUUCGGACUAUCCACUAUUUGAUAUAACCUCAAGCGGGCUUACUCAAUCAGUUGAAGAGGUUCUUCCACAUUUCUUACGUCCGCUAGUGAGAUUUGUCGCAUGGUUAACGCCGUCUACAAUGAGAGUUAAGGGGCCAAAUUGCAAAUACAAAUCUUGUGUAUAUGGGCUGCCAAACUUUGGAACCAUUGAAAUUGAUUGGGAAUCCCAGCCGGUGAGUUUGAAAUUCAAUGUCCGAGACAAAAACGGAGUUGCUGUUACAGGUGUCAAUAUUUCGUUAUCCGAAUUACAUCCAUCAAAUUCAGAGACUCAAGUGGGAGAUAAUCAGAGGCAUUGCACUCUUGAAGUUAGUCUUCCGUGGAUUAAAAGACAUCGUCUCGUGAUCUUAUUUUCUUUCACCAUAGUCGCGUUGCUUCUUGUAAUAUUCCUAGUGCUAGCAUGUGCUUGUUUCUCAAUUUGUCAACUUGGAGGAUGCAAAAGAAAGCGCGAAUAACAUACCUAGAUAAAUACUCCACAAUUAACAAAAAGGAGCAUGUGUAAUCUCUUCUCCUUUGUAGAUUUUAGCUUAUUAGUGAUUAUAACUUAUAGGUCAAUAAGAUAUAGAGUAUUCUUCUACUGUUUUCACUGGUUUUUUACAUUUAGCGUGUUCGGUUUUUUAUGUGAAUUUUAUAGCAACUGUUUAAUACUACCCCUAAUGCAAAACCAAACACACUUUGAAGUAGUUUUUUCAUUUUGUUUGGUAGUUUUAUUUAAUGCUUGAGCUGUUUGAUA